GUGGGUGGUGGAGUCGCCGUCACCACACCAGUCAGACCACCGUCGACACAGAGUCAGCUGGGAUGAAGCUCGGCACCGGAGAACCACUUGGAUUGAUCCGGUUCUGAGGCUGAACGCCGUCCUGGUGAUCACGCGGUGAAGCGAUCGGAUUGUUUAAAGGAGAAGGAAAGAAAACCUGAACAUCGCCAACAUGAUGGAGGAAAUAGACAGAUUCCAGGUACCGAGCGCGGUGCAGGAGGCAGAGAUGCAGUCCGAGAUGCAGCCGCUGGACCCGGCUUCUUCCACUGCCUCGGAGGCAGAGUCCGACACCAGAGAAGGAGAAGCUGUUACUAUCAACUAUAAGCCCUCACCCCUCCAGAUGAAAAUAGAGAAACAAAGAGACCUGGCCAGGAAGGGCUCAUUAAAGAACAACAACACUGUAGGUAGUCCGGUUAACCAGCAGCCCAAGAAGAACAACGUCAUGGCCAGAACACGGUUGGUAGUACCCAAUAAAGGUUAUUCAUCUUUAGACCAGAGCCCAGACGAAAAGCCCCUGGUGGCCUUAGAUACCGACAGUGACGAUGAUUUCGACAUGUCUAGAUACUCGUCGUCUGGAUAUUCUUCUGCAGAGCAAAUCAAUCAGGAUCUGAACAUCCAGCUGCUGAAAGACGGCUACCGCCUCGACGAGAUCCCAGACGACGAGGACCUGGAUCUGAUCCCGCCCAAAUCAGUCAACCCGACCUGCAUGUGCUGCCAGGCGACCUCCUCCACGACCUGCCAAAUCCAGUAACCCCUCCCCUCCCCCAAAAAACCACUAGCCCCCUUAUCCCUCACAAACUUAAACCCGCUGUCUUCAUCCGCUGUGAGUUUACUUCGCCACCAGAGUGGCAAAAUGUGAGGCAUUUAUAGAAUAUUGUCAUGACAGUAAGUGCUAUGAUGAUUAGGUAAAUAAUCACACUAACAAAUAAAAACUUUGGUACAAAAUCUUGAACAUAGAGGAAAGCAUAUGUAAUGGGAAGAGCAGUAAAGUGGUGGAUUCCUCCUAUGGCAGGAGACACACUUCUGUUUCAGAGCUCCCUCCUCCUGGCAGACGCAAUGUGACCCUGAUAUUAGUUUACAGACACAAAAAGGUCAGCUGCUGCUGUGAAGUGUUUUCCAUUUCCCUGACUGGUAACAAACAUAAUCAUAACUGCUGACUCAACUGUUCUGCUCUGGUUUGCCUUGUUUUAAUAUAUCUUUUUCUUUUUAUUUUAACGCAUUAACUAUGAGAUCAACGAGCCUGUACCUGGUAAUGAGAAAUAUGGGAUGUGUUCUUUUGAGUUCCCCUGGUACUGUAUCCGUCUACUGUACAAGGUUGCUAUGUAGCACAGGUCAGAUCUUUGAACACUUUAACACUGCGACAUUUCUGCUUUCUCUGCGACGCUGGAGUGAAAUGUUAAACCACAGAGUUGAUGAAUGAAUGUGUAAACAUGAAUGGCUGUAGUACAAACUGCAUGAAGGCCACCAGAGUGCAAGGUAUGAAGGAAUAUAUAAAAGCACGCAGCUUUUGCCUGUUUAAUUUUCUGUUGUGCAGUCACCUGCUGCUGUUGUUGGCACAAGCUUGAUUUUUGAAUUUCUUUCAGUUUGCACUUUUUAUUUUAGAUUUCAUGGCUUCAUAUCACUCUUUCCUGCACCACAAGUGAAGGUACCUGAAACGAUCUGUUUCUGUUUAUUGCUCUGAUUUCUACUGUGCCUUGCAAGAUUAUUUACACCUCUUGGACUUGAGCACAUUUUGUUGUCAGACGUAACUGUGCUUUAUUGGAAUUUAACAUAAAGCACCAACACAAAGUAGAUCAUAAUUGUGAAGGAGAAGGAUUAGGAUACCGUACAUGGUUUUCAUAAUUUCUGACAAAUACUAAUGUGAAGAAUGUGGCAUACAUACAGAAAUAUUUGAACAAUUACAGCUGAAAAUCUUCUACUUUAUGUCUAGCAGCUGUCCUAUCGACUGAUUCUUCCAUUUGAGUCGUUGAUCCUUGCAGCUCCUCUUGUUGUACCAAGGGACUUGACGCCUGUCCCUUUAAAUACAUCUGUUGUUGUCCAGUCAGUUAGUUUAGGUCUACAGAUGGUAAAUGGUAAAAACGUCCUUUCUUACCAAUCCCUGAUGUAAACUUUCCACAAAUUGAUCCCUGACUGUUCCCAGUGUGUCCCUUGAUUGUCAAGAUACUAAUGACACUAAUGUUGUUUUAGCAAACCAUUGAAAUUUCCACAGAGUGGUACUACGCUCACAGGUGGUUACCAUUUACUCUUUGCACCGGUUUUUAUUAAAAUGCACGACACUAUUUUAAGAAACAUGUAUUGUUUUCCUUCCAUUUCACAAAAAUAUAAUACUUUGUGUUGACCUACCGCAUUAAAAUCAAGUAAUAUAUGUUGAUGUUUGUGGUUAGUUUUAUUAAAAAAAAAAAAAAGAAAAGAAAAGUAACAAUGGAGCAUAAAUACUUUUGCAAGGUACGCUAUGAAGGCCAACGGAACAAAAGUCCAGAUAGAUUUUCUGUACUCGGUUUGUUGCGUCAGAGCUUCCCGUUUAUCUCUCAUGUCACAGAGUGUGACAAAUGCUAGACGCUGCUAAUCAUUAAGGAAAACACAGGUCCUGUUCUCUCACUCAUGCAUGCAUCCAUUCCUACAAUCCCAGAACAUUAGGUGAAACAACUUCAAACCUUCCUUUGAUUUAUAGGGUAGAAACCAUUUUGUUAUCCCAUCAUCAGGGACGUCACCGACUUGGAGCACCAGAAUCCCUCAUUUACAACCCACUCCCUUCUCUGAUUCAGUUGUUUAAUGCAAUUAGAUUAUGCCUUAAGGACAGAGAAGUUUAAAAAGCUGUGCGUAUAUUUAUUGCCAUUAUCUUUGGUUUAUUUGAGGAAGGAAGAUGUUUUUAACAUGUAGAUUUUUUUCUUGAGUUUCCUUUUUUUU